AUGCCCGCGUUGACGCACGCUGUACCGUGCGUUCCAAGCCGUUUGGAAAGCCUUCCAAACGAGAUCUUACACCUCAUUAUCGACUUUCUUCCCUCGCACUGCUAUUGGCGGUUUGCUUUGGCCAAUUCGAAACUCAAAAGCCGCCUUGUUCCACUCCUUUUUGGGAGCUCGAAGCUCGGCCGCAGAGAUGAGCUGGUUCAGAUGGCCGCUCAGUUCAGUUUCAAUUACAUGCUGACCACGGCCCUUUCCUUCGGACCGGUGAAGACCACUCUCACGACAAGCACGGUUAUUCGCUGCUACUAUUACUAUGCCCGUGGCCGCCGCCGUCCUGUUGGGUUCGCCUCUUUGGCCGAAGACACUCUUCCAGCCAGCACACUCAACAUGGCCCUGACAAACGGUUUGGGCGCGCAGUCAAUCCCCGUCAUCCGCACCCUUCUUGCUGCUGGUGCCGAUGACUGCACAUCGCGUUUCUGGCUGAACAAGUAUUGCAUGGAGUACCAUAUCGCUCUUGCCGAGCGUACACCCUUGCACGUCGUGGAUAACACUCGCGCUCUUGCCGUCUUACUCGAACCGGGCUCGAACUGUCUGCGCUAUCUGAACACAGUCAGCUUCACACGCUGGCCCACCCCCCUUGCAACAGCUAUUGCUUCCCACCGCUCCUUUGAGUUUGUCAAGAUGCUCAUCGACGCCGGUGCUGAUGCCAGUGGUCCCCAUCCCAACUACGCCACCGACCAAGAGCUCAUCGAUGUCUAUGACGAAGAAGGAGUCGAGUACGACACUCGCUUCAAAGGCACCCUCGAAAGGGCGUUUGGUGGCCACUGGCUCAGCGGCGUGCCGGGGGAUGAAUACUGGCUGACGCACUUCGAGAUUGCCUGUCUCUUCGGCCGUUUUCAGACAGCCGAGCUCCUUCUCCGCUCCGGCGCCUCCAUUUUCGAAUGCACCCGAUACAACGGUCCUCUGCGUGCCCUCGAAACGGGCAUCCGCGCCACAAACGACUCCGGCGACGACCGCCGCGGCAUCGCCUUUGUCGAUAUGUUCAUGCGUAACGGCCUGGAGACUUUCUUCAACUCACCCCUCAUCAUGGGCACGCAAUGGUUUGUCAGUGAGGCUGUCUUCAUGCGCUUCCUCACCUGGGGCGUGAAUCCCAUGGUAUCCUAUCUUGACCAGCAUGGAAUCACGUCCCUGGCACGCUACCUCGUCACCGUCCAGACCAUCUUCGGCCCAGACUAUAUCACGAUCGCCGAGCGAACCCGUCUCCGCUGCAUCAAGGCCAACGCUCUCCUCGCCUGCGCUAUGACCGCUGGCGACGCCGAAGGCUUCUGUCGUCAGUGGGCCAUCGGCGAGGGCCUCCUUAUCUUGCGGUGGGGCUUCGAGGCCGGCUUCCACUCAUCGCAACGCCGCUCGGGCGCCAUCCUUGCCGUCAACGGCAUGGUGGAGCUGUUCGAACAGGACCUCGACCACAUUCCGAUCUGGCGCAAGCUCUUCUUCGAGAACCGCGAGGACUGCCCCUACAUCGGCACGCUGCACAUUGUCGUCGAGUCGGUGGAGCUUCUCCUCAAGAGCGGUAUGACGAUCAAGAAGGACCGGUACGGCCGCACCCCGCUUCACUAUGCUCUGCGCAUCAAUAGGGUUCCCGUCUGUCCCAUUCUGUGGUCCAUCGUCAUUCCCGAUGUCGAUGCCGAAGACAUGCGGGCCAUUUUGAAUUGGAGAACGGUGGCGCUCAUGACGCCUUUUACCUAUGAUAACUUUUCGGGACGGGGCUACAGACACAUGGAAGUCAAGCGCGACGACAACAUGGUCCGCAUUAUCAGGGCUCUUCUCCGGGCUGGUGUGCCCGUUGACGCUGUGGACAACAGGGGUCAGACGUUGAGGGACUAUGCGCUUCGCACAGGCUGGGGUGAGGUUUGGCAGCGGGCCCUGGAAUGUGAGGGUUUGCAUGAGGAUGCACAGGACGAUGGCAUGCAAGACAUUGGCAUGCAAAGCGAUGACAUGCAAAACGAUGACAUGCAAAACGAUGACAUGCAAAACGACAGCAUGGGCACUGAUAGCACAUGA